AUGUCUGUUAAAGGAAUUCUCUUUGUAGCUGCCUUGACAAGUCUUUUGCUCCCUUUGAUGCUUACUCGUGAUCUAAUUUUUCCAUCCCAGCUUAAAGGUCUUCCAACAAGCUCAUCGGUCCUGUAUUCAUCCUCAGAAGUGAUACUCCAGCGUGUAUCCGAAAAUGGAACGAAAGAAUGCCACAACAUUACCACAAGAGCUGCUUACUUCUUUGGGCUUCCUAUGCCGGGAAAUGAAGGACCAAUUACCAUGUCCACUGGAGUCGUCCACAAGUUUUGGAUUGUUUCAUAUGCAGCAGAUGGAAGGAGGAGGUGCAGAGGAGGAGACUUCUAUGAGACUGAUCUCUCAGGCCACAAAUGGAAGUCACGACCACCUAUAACAGAUUAUGGGAAUGGCUCUUACCUUGUGGAACUCAAAGUGGAUAAAGGAUUUGAAGGAAACUACACGCUCAAGGCCAUUCUCUUGUAUUCCAAUUUUCAUGGAAUGGAUAAGAAUCCAGAACCAUGGGCUCUGGAAACACAGGUGUUCCAACUGCAGAUCCACUUCGUGAACAACAAAAUUCAAAGGCCUUCGCCUCUUCCUCUUUGUACCAGCAAAAGCCUAAAGUCGGCAAAGACAUGGCUAGGCAAAUGGACAAGAAUGAAGUUCGACGAGUCUUGCAAGCUCGAUGAAGAAGGGCGCUACCGAUGCCUGCCAGACGACGAGCAGUGUGAUGACAGCCAGUGUAGUGGAGCACUAGAGAGAUUGGAAAGCAACGGAUGGGUCUACUCAGCACAUUGUAAGUUUCGGAUAUGGAGCUUCAGCGAUGCAUGGAAGUGCCUGGACGGGAAGAAGCUGUUCUUCUGGGGUGACUCCAACCACAGGGACACAGUUCGAAACCUUGUCAACUUUGUCCUCGGCCAUAACAUUGAAAUCCCGCUCAUGACGCGCACAUUUACACUCAACGUCACCAAUCCCUCCAAUCCUAAGCAGCAAGUGCGACUGUUUCAGGUGUUCAAUGGGCAUUCUGACUCACAGAAAAACUAUAUGGGCCUUAAAUCACUUUCCGUAAAAGAGUACCGUGAGCUUGUCAAGGAGGAAUUCUUUCGUGGAGGUCAACCAGAUGCGGUGAUACUAAACUCAGGCCUUCACGAUGGACACGCCUGGAAACGCACUCAGGACUUUGCCAUAGCUGCGGAGAUUGCUUCAUACUUCUGGUGGUCGCUCCUGGGAGGUGAUGGGUGCAAAGCACGCAUUGUCAUUCGUAACACAAUUGCCACGGCUGGUCAUGCGAGGGCCAGUCCCUCAAAUCCCCAAAAGAUGGCAGCUUUCAACUCCAUCUUAAGUGACGAGUUUGGGAGACGGCUAAAAUCUCUGGAGAAUCUCAUGUUUGUGGAUAACUUUGAUAUGACGUUUCCCUGGCAUUACAACCAUGACUGCAGUGACGGCACUCAUUAUGGGGUUGAGCCUUCUUUGUCACCAUGGAUGGAUCGUGUUGGGCACUUCAACUUUGUGGACUUGAUGCUUGUGCAUGUUCUGCUGACUGGAAUUUGCUUGUAA